AUGGAGAAAAUAAUGGAGAAACAAGAUCUCAGCAUAGACUCAUGCGACAAACUCGAAAACCAUGGGCUCGGCACAUACCAGGAUGCGCAGCUAUACCAAUUGGGGUACAAGCCUCAGCUGCGCCGCACACGCAAGCUGUCCAGCAUGCUGUUCAUGUCCCUGUCAAUUGCCUCUAUUCCCUAUGGUGUUGGUAGCGCCCUUAUCAACGCGGUAUAUGGCGGAGGUCAACUCUCCCUUUUCAUUGGACUCCUAGUGGUGUUGGCUCUGGAUACCUGCGUCGCCUUGUCUCUUUCAGAACUCGCCUCAAGAUACCCUACCUCAUCUGGUAUCUACCACUGGUCAUUUCGACUCCUGAAGACCAAACGGAGCAGAAAGUUAGUCUCGUUUGUCACGGGCUGGAUCUGGCUCAUCGGAAACUGGACCAUAUCUCUUUCUGUGAACUUCGGAAUCGCUUCUCUUAUCGUUGCUACUGUGUCCAUCUUCUACCCUGCCUGGACAGCCUCUUCCUGGCAGCUUCUUCUCAUCUUCUAUGCUAUCUGUCUUGUAGUUUUCAUGAUAUGCUUUUUCGCCGACCACCUCCUUCCUCUCAUCGACACACUCUCCGCCGCAUUUUCAGUCGUCACAUGCAUCACACUCGCUAUAACCCUUCUCGUCCUCGCAAAAACCGGUCGUCACGAUGCGUACACAGGCUUCCUCGGAUAUGACCCCAGCUAUUCCGGCUGGGAGGAGAACUUCACCUUUUUCAUCGGUCUGCUACCACCAGCCUACGCUUUCUCCGCACUAGGAAUGGUGACCUCCAUGGCAGAGGAAUGCACAGACCCCGAAACACAAAUUCCCACAGCCAUCAGCUUGGUCCCCGUGGUCGCCGGUGCUGCGGCUCUGGUAUUCACUGUACCGAUUUGCUUCACGCUUCCACCACUCGCGGACAUCAUUGCUGCGCCGUAUGGUCAAGCCCUGCCAUAUAUCAUCCACGUGGUGACUGGCUCACCUGCAGCCUCAAUAGUCCUCAUGAUCCUCGUUCUAUUUGUUGCCCUUUUCUGCUCUAUCAGCAUCACAACUACCGCCGGGAGAUGUACCUGGGCCUUCUCGCGUGAUAAUGCAAUCCCCUUCUCACAUCUCUGGUCUUCCACUGUUAGGGAUAGCCCUCUGGCAGCGCUAUGCUUGGUUACGGCUAUUGAGAUGCUACUAGGACUCACCUACCUUGGAAGUAGUAGUGCGUUCACGGCUUUUGCGUCGGUGGGCGUGAUUGCGCUGGCUGUGGCUUAUGCGAUUCCCAUCGCCAUCAGCUUGUUCGUUGAUCGUCGCGUUGAAAUUAGUCAGUCGCGUUGGAAGCUGAAUCCUCUCAUUGGAAAGACGGCGAAUGUCCUUGCGAUCUUGUGGAUUGCUUUCCAGGUUAUUCUGUUCAGCAUGCCUAUCACACUGCCCGUCACUAGUGAAACGAUGACCUAUGCGUCGGUUGUGUUCGUGGGCUGUGUUGCUUUAAAUUUCAAAGGGCCCCUGGAAGAAGCUGAGCACUCUUAA